AUGUCCCCAUAUCCCCUCUAUAACGCCCUAAUUCGCACCCACCACAUCACCUCCCGCAAGAAGGUCGCCAAACUUCGCGCUGCAGCCUCGAAUUGCGACAUCUACGCAUUGCUCCGCUAUGGCGGAUGCCCAGGCAUCAUGUAUUGUCAAGGCUCCGAGAAUGGAGUAAGAGACUGGGUUGCUACCGUUCAAAGACUGCGGUAUAAGGACUUUCAGUUGGUGAAGAAGCCUGCUCUGAAACAGGAAGAGAAUAUUGAAGUUGAACACGCGAACGCUGCGUAUGGCAAACUGGAAGAGGUGGAGAGUGUAAAAGAUUUCGGUGCAAGAAUGGAGGGCUUCGGUGUUUGGAAAUGGUGGAGGAUCGGUAUGGGGUACGUUGGCGAGGAUUGA